AUGGGCUGUAACAUGUGCGUCGUGCAGAAGCCUGAAGACCAGUACAGAGUCAUGUUCCAGGAAGUGGAGCUGUAUAAGUCUCGGCAUCAGGACAAACUGGGGCUGACUGUGUGUUAUCGCACUGAUGAUGAAGAGGACCUGGGCAUAUAUGUGGGAGAGGUCAACCCAGACAGCAUUGCCGCUAAAGAUGGACGUAUCCGAGAGGGGGACAGGAUACUGCAGAUAAAUGGAGUAGAUGUACAGGAUCGUGAGGAGGCUGUGGCCAUUCUGACCCGAGAAGACAGCACCAACAUCUCCCUGCUCCUGGCCCGGCCCGAUAUAGAGAUUGCUAACAGAUGGGUGGAAAAUGACCCUGAUGACCUGGAUCUGGACCUGUCGUUCGGGGCAGGGUUAGGCAUGGAGCUCCUGGACAACGCCACCCACCUACCCAACCCACACCGAAGCAGAAGAGGCGGGUCUACCCUUGAUGAGGUGGGCGGGGUCAGAGCUCUAUGGCACACAUCACUAAGCAACAGCCAGGAUCUGGACAGCGGAGUGGGACGUACCGAUGAAAGCACCCGUUACGAAGAGUCGUCAGAGCACGACCUGCUAGCUGAUGACCCCACAAGUGCAAGCACCACCAAUGCAACCAACACACCGGGCAGCAUGCGAAAAUUCCUCUCCACCCCUCCUCCACCUCUACAUGGUCGGGAGAUCCACCUCAGCAAUGACUCACUCAUGGGGCUUGAUGCUAGUGCAGGGGGUAGUAUGAGUGGUGGAGUCCAAGAGGCAAGCAGCUUGGUGGUUCCCCUACCAGGACUGACGGAGGCAGAGUUUGAGCGCUACAGGGAGCUGCUGGAGAUCCGUUCCUACUAUGAAAGAAAUGGAAACGCCCUGCUGAUGCUGGGUGGGGCUAUACAAGAAGGCAGAGUUGCGGGUGGAGCAUCACAUGAGGGUGGAGAUGAAGGUGUUGUCUCUUUGGAUGAAAACUGUAACGAGAGUUUGUUAAGGCAUGAGCUAGCCUUGUUGGAGGAAGAAUUGCGCCACCUAGAGUUCAAGUGGCGCAGCGUCUUGCGUGCACAGAAGAUGCAACAGUUACGUGAACGCUGCCUGAGGGUCUGGCCUGCUGAGGAAGAAGAGGAGGAAGAAAAGGGAGCAAAAGCUGGUGGAGGCAGCGAGCCUCACCGCCACGAGCUGUCCGACAUUAACGAGCUUCCGGAGAGAGAGCGGUCGGACAAAGAGAGUACCAGCGCCUACAAUACGGGAGGAGAAAGCUGUCGGAGCACGCCGCUGGCCAGUGAACGGAAUCCCUCCCCUUCAGCACCUGGGGACUCCAACGGUUCGGCAACCAUCCGCCCCCGCGUCCCCCGAAACAGAACCAGAUCACAAAGGUUGGAAAGGGUUGAAAAUAUGAACCAGCCAAAUUCACCUAUCGCUUACAGAAAAUCUGAGGAGCCAGGAAACUACAGCCCGGCGGUCAGGCUGCGCUCUCUGUCUCACACCAGUGGGGGAAGAAGAGGAUCACGGGGCAACAGGGCAGACAGCCAGGAAAUGAGUUUUGAUGGGAGAACAAGUAUGGAAGGGAGAAGGAGUGCAGAGAAUAGCCCCUAUCUGUCCCGCCGGCGUGGGGGGUCUCGUUUGCCGCAACGUUACCAGAGCUGCAUGCAACUAAGAGCUACAGCUGCUCCAGACAGCCCAGGGCAUGCCCCCUUGCCCUUGCCUCAGUUGCCACCUGUGUCCCCCCGCAUGGAGUGGAAGGUGAAGAUCCGAAGUGAUGGCUCUCGCUAUGUUGCUAAGCGGCCGGUCCGAGACCGCCUCCUCAAAGCCCGUGCCAUGAAGAUCCGUGAGGAACGCAGUGGAACCACAACAGAUGAUGAGGCAGUGAGUGAGCUGAAAAUGGGACGGUACUGGAGUAAGGAGGAGAGGAAACAACAGCUGUUACGGGCCCGCGAGCACAGGCGACGGAGGGAGUUUAUGAUCCAGAGCCGCCUAGACUUCCUGCGGGAGAAGGAACGGGAGCAAGAUGCCUCAUCCAUUUUGGAGCUAAGCCAGAGGAAGAGCAUGAAGAAACGCAGUCGCAGAAUCCUGGAUAACUGGAUCACCAUACAAGAACUGCUUGCACAUGGCACACGAUCUGCUGAUGGCAAGAAAGUUUACAACCCUUUACUGUCUGUCACUACUGUCUAA